AUGGCGGCCGCCGCCGGCGGGACCAGCACCGAGGGCGCCGCCCGCGUGCUGCUGCAGCGUUACCAGCCGUUCGCGUCGCUGCAGGGCGAGUACCACCACUUCGGCCCGGCCGACGGCGGCAGCGGCGGCGGCGGCGGCGGCGGCGAGAUGACGGAGGCCGUCGUCCUCAGGACGCCAUUAAAGCGGAAACAUAACAGAGAAGACAAUGGGGUAGCUGAAUCAAAUGAUUGGAUGAUGAGCCCUGGAUACGCUAAUGCGGCAAGCAGCCCAAUUCCUACACCACCUUCAGGAAAAGGUUCCAAAAUGGCCACCAAGCCUAAGCCUGCAAAAGGCCAGAAAUCUUGUCCUCAGACCCCUUUGUUUGUAGGUUCUCCGGGCAAUCCAGCUACUCCUGUUGGUGGCUGCCGCUAUGAUAGCUCCCUAGGGCUAUUGACAAAAAAGUUCCUGAACUUGCUAAAGGGUGCACCUGGUGGCAUGGUUGAUUUGAAUAAUGCGGCAGAAACACUAGAGGUACAAAAAAGACGUAUAUAUGACAUUACUAAUGUCCUCGAAGGAAUAGGACUGAUAGAAAAGAAGCUUAAGAACAAUAUCCGUUGGAAAGGAAUCGAUGACUCUCGACCAGGAGAAGUUAGCGAUGAUAUGUCUAUUUUACAGGGAGAUAUUGAAGCCCUCACACUGCAGGAGCACAGCUUAGACGAACAAAUAAGUGAAAUGCGAGACAAGUUAAGAGAGCUCACGGAAGAUGAAAAUAACCAAAAGUGGCUUUAUGUUACGGAAGAUGAUAUCAAGUCUUUGCCAUGCUUUCAGAAUCAAACACUAAUUGCAAUUAAAGCACCUCAUGGUACAACUCUUGAAGUCCCUGAUCCUGAUGAGGUAAAUGAUUAUCCUCAAAGGAGAUAUAGGAUUGUUCUAAGAAGCACUAUGGGUCCGAUAGAUGUGUACCUAGUAAGUCAAUUUGAGGAGAUGAGUGGCAUGGAAACCCCUCCAAGGCCUUCACAAACAGUAAGCAUGGAUUAUCUAGAGAAUCCUAGGACACCUCUCGCUGCAGGUUCUAACAAAGAUGUUGAGAUGGAGCUGAAUAUUCAGGAAAGGCUGAUAAUGCCUCCUGAUGCUCAUACUAGUUCACAGGAUAUUGGAGGAAUGAUGAAGAUCGUCCCCUCUGAACUUGAUACUGAUGCAGACUACUGGCUCUUAUCCGACGCAGGGGUUAGCAUUACUGACAUGUGGAAGACAGCACCAGAUGUGGAGUGGGAGGGAAUCGAUAUCAAUGCCGAGGAUUUCCUGGAAGUUAGCACACCUCGGCAGCAGGAUCAACCGCCUUCUGACAUGGUUGAUCUCCCCUCGUGCGUAAGCUGAAUACGACCUGAAGUAUGGUGACAAGUACCAUUCACAUCCGUGGGAAGAAUCCUCUGUUUCUUGCAAUGGGUGGGCCAAUCAUUCCAGAGCAGAGACCCGACCAGCAGAGAUUUCAGGGGUGGCUGUGAUGUACAUACAAAUGGCAAUCUAGUGCCAUGUUAGUAGCUCUCCGGAUCAAAGCCUCUGAGCCAGUUGCCAAUAACCUGAUCAUUUUAGACCUGUACUGACAACCUGAUCAUUUUCAGGUCUGUACCUUGUAUGCUGCAUGUUGUAGCUCACAACAUUAGGACUAGUAGAAACAUGUAUAGUGCAGCAAGCUCUGUGACUAAGUUAUCUCAAGUAGCAUCGAAAACAGACUAGAACCCAAUGCAGUUGUAACACAAAACGUUAGCAUUUGAUAAUACCUAUCUAGUGUGUUUUGUUGUGUCUUA